UUGGUUUACAAAAUAAAACGGCGCUACAGUUGUAAACUAAAUCUGAAACGCAAAUAUAUUUAUCUAAAGCUCAACAGCAGGUUAUUUUAAACAUACAAGCUCAACAGCCGGUUAUUUUACGCGGCCACCAGGAGCAGGGACACCUUUACUUCAGUACAGGAGAGAACAAAUCUAAUUCAGUCUUAUAUGGGAAGACAUAUUUGAUUGGAUCAAAUUGCAGUAUAUUCAACAUAAGCAGAUAAACAAGGUUUGAUUUGAGGGAGGGUGAGGCUUUGACAAAACACAGGAUGCAAAAUCCAAAAAGGAAACCUUUCAAAAUUGAGCCAUUCAAGCAUAGGGUGGAGAUGGAUCCAAAGUAUGCUGAUAGAACCUGGAAACUAAUUGAGCAUGCGAUCCAUGAAAUUUAUAGUCAUAAUGCCAGUGGUUUGAGUUUUGAAGAGUUGUACAGGAAUGCCUACAAUAUGGUUCUUCACAAAUUUGGGGAUAAGCUCUAUACGGGCUUGGUUACAACCAUGACAAAGCACUUAAAGGAUAUAGCAUUAUUGAUUGAAGCUGCUCAGGGAGGUCUGUUUCUAGAAGAGUUGAACAGACAAUGGGCAGAUCACAACAAAGCUCUGCAGAUGAUUAGAGAUAUUUUGAUGUAUAUGGAUAGGACAUAUGUCAGUAAUUUCAAUAAGACCCCAGUUAAUGAGCUUGGAUUGAAUCUGUGGAGAGAUCAUAUUGUAAAAAUCCCAAAAAUUCGUGAUAGGCUUCUUGAUACCCUUCUUGACCUUGUACACAGAGAACGGACAGGUGAAAUCAUCAACCGAGGAUUGAUGCGCAAUAUUAUCAAAAUGUUGAUGGAACUGGGUGCUUCUGUAUACCAGGAUGAUUUUGAAAAGCCCUUUUUGGAUGUUACUGCUGAUUUUUACAGAAUUGAGUCGCAGCAGUUUAUUGAGUGCUGUGAUUGUGGUGAUUAUAUGAAAAAAGCAGAAAGAAGGCUUAAUGAAGAAAUUGAAAGAGUUUCACACUACUUAGAUCCAAAGAGUGAGGUUAAGAUCACCAAUGUUGUGGAGAGGGAGAUGAUUGCAAAUCACAUGACACGGCUUGUUCACAUGGAAAACUCGGGGCUGGUGAGCAUGCUUGUGGAUGAUAAGUAUGAAGAUUUAGGACGCAUGCACAGCUUGUUCCGUCGUGUGACCGAGGGGCUGGCAACUAUCCGAGAUGUGAUGACUUCUCAUCUCCGGGAAACAGGGAAGCAAUUGGUAACAGAUCAAGAGAGGCUGAAAGAUGCAGUAGAUUUUGUGCAGCACCUCCUUGAUAUGAAGGACAAGUAUGACAAAAUUAUUAGCAUAGCAUUCAGCAAUGAUAAAACCUUUCAGAAUGCAUUAAGUUCAUCUUUUGAGUAUUUUAUUAAUUUGAAUACAAGGUCCCCAGAGUUCAUCUCUUUGUUUGUUGAUGAUAAACUGCGGAAGGGUCUUAAAGGAGUCAGUGAAGAGGAUGUAGAAGUAGUUCUUGAUAAGGUAAUGAUGUUGUUUCGCUAUCUUCAUGAAAAAGACGUAUUUGAAAAAUAUUACAAACAACAUUUAGCCAAACGACUCUUGUCAGGCAAGACAGUUUCUGAUGAUGCUGAGAGGAGCCUUAUUGUUAAAUUGAAGACAGAAUGCGGCUAUCAGUUCACUUCAAAGUUAGAAGGCAUGUUUACUGAUAUGAAAACUUCUAGGGACACAAUGCAAGGCUUUAAUACUUUAUUGGCUGCCUCCAGUGAACAUAAUGAUGGGCCUUCUUUGGCUGUCCAAGUUCUUACCACAGGUUCAUGGCCAACACAACCAGGUGCAGUCUGCAAUCUUCCUGCAGAAAUCUUGGCUGUGUGUGAAAAGUUUCGUGCAUACUACCUCAACACACAUACUGGUAGAAGAUUGACAUGGCAGACUAACAUGGGUACUGCAGAUUUAAAAGCAACCUUUGGGAAGUCUAGGAGACAUGAGCUUAAUGUUUCCACUUAUCAGAUGUGUAUUCUUAUGCUGUUCAAUUCAGCAGAUUAUCUAAGCUAUAAGGAAAUUGAGCAAGCGACAGAUAUACCGACUGCAGACUUGAAAAGGUGCUUGCAGUCUCUUGCCUGUGUGAAGGGGAAGAAUGUAUUGCGUAAGGAACCCAUGGGAAAGGACAUAGAUGAAGAGGAUAUGUUUCACUUCAAUGACAGUUUCACAAGCAAGUUUUUCAAGGUCAAAAUAGGCACAGUGACUGCACAAAAGGAGAGUGAGCCAGAGAAGCAAGAGACCCGCCAGAAGGUGGAGGAAGAUAGGAAGCCUCAGAUUGAAGCAGCCAUUGUCAGAAUAAUGAAAGCUAGACGUGUUUUAGAACAUAAUAAUAUAGUUGCCGAGGUCACAAAACAGUUACAAACAAGAUUUUUGCCCAACCCAGCGGUUAUAAAGAAACGCAUUGAAUCUUUAAUUGAGCGAGAGUUCCUAGAAAGGGAUAAAAUUGACAGGAAAUUAUAUCGAUAUCUUGCUUAAUGGAAACUUGAGUGGUUAGCCGCAUUACUUGAGUGGUUAGCUGCAUUUUCCUUUGGUCCGGACACGUUUUAUAUUUUGCAGGUUCUGAUACUAGUGAUCUAUUUCAAGGUGGUCCUGAAGUAUCUUUCCUGCAAUUUUAAUUUGUCAAAUAUGCUCAUCAGGCAAGUGGUAGAGUGACUUUAUCUCGAUUCAUUUCUUAUGCAGCUAGAUUCUGUGUACGCUCAAGCCGUUGGUGACUAAGAUAGAUUUUCCUGUCCCAAUUUUAUUGCGAGUUUGUUUGACAUUUCCUGUUUCUGCAGGAAGUUGUUGAGCAUUUGUAAUCAACGUCCGGAACAUGGUUACGGAGGUGGAAUUUCUCGUCCAAAUUCAUUUGAGAUUCUGUUCUUGACUUUUCCUCUGUCACAGAUUGGAUGAUAGAUUCCCUGUUGAACUACCUACAUUUCUUAUCUAUUAAUUGACUUGCAUGUAUGCCA